AUGGCGGCCGACCGUCACUCUUCGCCGCAGGAUUACACUCUCCUGUCCACGGACAAGACACGCCAUUACGAUGGCGAGGAGUUCAAAGAGAGAAAGUUGACGGUAGCUCUCUGCCCAUCUUCUGCCGAAUUCGAGGUCAAUUUGAAGGAGGUGGAAAGAGUAUGCAAGGUGAUCGACGAAAUGUUUGCUCUAGAUAGGAACAUAUAGGCCGUUUUAGACGAAUGUGGGAUCAAUCUGAAUCAUAAAUUGGUGUUGUAUGUGCUGCAGAGAUUCAAUCAUGCUCGAAAACCCACGUUUCGGUUCUUCCGUUGGGCUGGAGAUAGACGUGGAUUCUCUCAUGAUUCGACCACUUACAAUGCAAUGAUGAACAUUCUUGGAAAGACCAGACAAUCCGAGACAUUGGUUUCUCUCCUCGAAGAAAUGGGAGAGAAGGGUUUUCUCACGAUGGAGACCUUCACCAUGUGCAUCAAAGUCUUCGCCGCUGCAAAGGAGAGGAAAAAGGGAGUUGCCAUUGUCGAUUUGAUGAAGAAAUAUAAUUUCAAGGUUAGAAUAGAGACCGUUAAUUGUUUGCUCGAUGCAUUGGGUAGGGCCAAGCUCGCAAAAGAAGCUCAAACGUUGUUCGAGAAAUUAGAACACAAAUUCGCCCCAAAUCUAAAAACGUACACAAUCUUGGUCAACGGUUGGUGCACGAUCAAGAAUUUAAUGGAAGCCGCUAGAAUGUGGAAUGAAAUGAUCGAUAAAGGGUUUAAACCCAAUAUCGUAGCCCACAAUAUAAUGCUCGAAGGGAUGUUGAGGAGCCAUACAAGAUCUGAUCCAAUCAAGUUGUUCGAGGUAAUGAAAUGUAAGGGCGCACUUCCUACUGUUAGGAAUUAUUCUAUAUUAAUCAAGAAUCUAUGCAAACACGGCCACUUAAAAGAAGCUAUAGACUAUUUUGACGAGAUGGUCGAUUCUGGAUGUGGGCCUUAUGCUGCGGUGUACACAUGUUUGAUGACUGGUUUUGCGAAUCAAAAAAAGAUGGAUAUAGUUUAUCGAUUAUUAAACGAGAUGAAGGAGAAAAAUUGCCAGGCCGAUGGCCGAUUGUACAAUGCAUUGAUCAAGAUGAUGGUGAAUAGAAGAAUGCCCGACGAAGCGGUGAAGAUAUACAAGAAGAUGGUGCAGAGUGCAGUCGGAGCUUCGGUCCACACUUACAACAUGAUCAUGAAAUCGUACUUUGUCGCAAGAGAUUGCGAAAUGGGGCUUGCGGUUUGGGAGGAGAUGAAAAGGAGAGGGUUUCGUCGAGAGAACUCGUACACGGUUCGUGGGGGGCUUGUAAGGCAGGGGAGAUUGAAUGAGAGUUGUAGGUAUUUGGAAAAGAUGAUUGAUAAGAGGAUGCGGGCCCUACUGAUCGAUUAUAAGAAGUUUUCGGCUGGUUUUUAUUGGAGUGGUGGAAUGAAUUGUUUGGAGGAUUUGGCUGAGAAGAUGAAAUUGUCUGGUAAUUCUGAGGUGGCUAAUUUGUUGGAAAACAUUCGUAAGACAGCGGAAGGAAAAUAA